AGUUUCGCGUAUUCAUUCAUUAACAACCGGAAUCGAAAUUAGACUCGUCCGUUUCGGAGCUUACCGUCGGUCGACGAUGGCGCCAAUCAUCAGAUCUAGCCCCGCUCUCGCUUUCCUCGUUUUGCAGAUUAGCUUGAUCUUCUUUUCUUCCACUCUCCCAUACUCUUCUGGGUCUGAGGAUACUUACGCAAUCACCGGUAGAGUGAAGAUUCCACCAAGCAACGUGAUUGGUCACUUAUCAAAGUUGUCAAAUGUCAAAGUUAUACUCAAUGGUGGACAGAGUGUUACGUUUCUCAGGCCUGAUGGAUAUUUCACUUUUCACAAAGUGCCUGCUGGGACUCAUUUGAUCGAAGUAUCUGCAAUGGGCUACUUCUUUUCUCCGGUACGAGUCGAUGUUAGUGCACGGCACCAUGGCAAAGUUCAUGCAACACUAACCGAAACCAGGAGGAGUCUUACUGAGCUGGUUUUAGAGCCUUUGAGGGAAGAGCAAUACUACGAGAUUCGAGAGCCUUUCUCCAUUUUGUCAAUUGUGAAAAGUCCGAUGGGUCUCAUGGUGGGAUUCAUGGUCGUGGUUGUGUUCCUAAUGCCCAAACUGAUGGAAAACAUAGAUCCAGAGGAGAUGAAGCAAGCACAAGAGGAAAUGAGGAGGCAAGGUGUGCCUUCGCUCUCGAGUUUGUUGCCAAGCGCUGGGGCUAGCCGUUAAAGAGUUUCUCAGUCAGCUCAAUUGUAUCACAAAAUGAGCGGAGAAAGGUUAUCACGUUCUAUUGAGAGACACACUCAUUGUAAUGAUAGAUUUGUAUUAAGAACAUAAGAAAAAAACGAAAAUGUAAUGCAAUGUAAGAAGCAUAAGAACAGAACGAACUAAUAAUUGGAGAGGUUCAUGCUCAUCAUUAAACAUCA